CGCUCCUGCCGCCACGGUGUUCUGGGACAUGCUGGCUCUGCUGGCCCGGGAGCCGGGUAUGGAGUGGCUGGAGCAGAGCCUCGCUGGGCACAGAUUCCCGUCCCCUCCUGGCAGCCGGGAAGCGCCGCAGAGCGGAAGCGAGAUCAGCUGUCAUCAGAAGCAUUCCUUGGGACCUUGUCCUCUGAAGACGCUGUCGUUGCUGGAGCACUCAGGGGAUAGUAGGCUUUGGCAAGCCUACCUCGAAGGACUGAAGAAGUUCCUUGCCUUCAGGGAAAGCUUGGGAAUGCCUGCAGUCUGGCCAAUUCCAGUGGAGCAAAUUAGAGGGUUUUUGACUGUGGAAUGUAAUUAUUCCCCCUUGAAGACACUCAAAUACAUGGCAGCACUUUCUUUUUUAUCAAAAUUGACCGGUAACUCUGAUCCUCUGGAAGAUCCUGUAACCUGUUGCAUAGUGACAGGGUUGAAACAUCGAGCGGGUAUCCUGAGGGAUAAAUACUUGCCUGUAACAAUUGAGAUGUUGCGAUCUCUCUUAGGAGUUCUGGAAUCUGCAUGCAUGACUCACUACGAAUGCUUACUGUUUCGUGCAUUAUUUACUGUAGCUUUUUUUGGGGCACUUCGAAUAGGUGAGAUGGUGGCAAAGCACCGUAAUGUACUGCAGCCUGAGCUGCUGCACCUGAGUGAUCUCCAGCUGAUGGAGAGGAGAGUGCUGCUUUUUCUGCCUUAUUCUCCGGUGGAUCAGGAGAGACAUGUCAUCAGCCUGGCGCUGUCUGGAGAGCCCUGGGUGUGCCCUGUUCUGGCCCUCCGCAACUAUUUGGCAGCUCGUCCACGGCAGGAAGGGCCGCUCUUCGUGCACUCGGACUUGAGGAGUGUAACGAAGAGGGAGUUCCUGGCGGUCCUCCGGCGUGCCCUGUGCCUGCUGGGGCUGUCUCCGGAGCAGUACGGCGUGCACUCCUUCUGGCUGGGGACUGCUGUCACCGCUGCGCGCUGCGGCUGUCCUCGGGAAGAUAUCACUCGCCUGGCAAGAUGGCCCUGUGUGAUCCCAGGAAGGUUCUUGCCAGGGUGACCAAAGGAGAAUAGAAGCUAAGCAAUCAUCUUGUUUAUGUAGAGACAAAUUUAGCUGUAUAGUUUCUAGCUUUCGACUGGAAUUUAGUAUUAGCACCCGAAAUUAAUUUUCUGCCUCACAGUGGGGUGGUCCUAAAUUCACCCAGAACUUGUUUGUUCUGUCUGUAUUUGAAGGUCGGGGGAAUGUCAAACCUUUGUGCAUAGACUGCAUUUUUACCUUGUAUAAUAUCUUUAUCUUGAGAUAAUAAAUAUUGCCUUUUUAAAACCCA